AUGGCGUCAGGUUUCAGUUACACUGGAGGCCGCUCGCGGUGUUUUGCCUACUGGCAGGAAUUCUCGAAAUGCUACGCUGAAACCGACGCGCCUAGUCAAUGUCGUAUGCAGGCGGAUGAUUACCUAGAGUGCCUCCACCACACGAAAGAGAUUGCGCGUGCAAAGGCUGUGAAGGCCGAAUUUAUUAAACAAGCAGAACAUCAUGCCAAAGAAGGUCGUAAAGUGGCUGAUGUUCUCGCAGACGGUGUGAUUGUCGGAGUGGGGUUGAUACAACGAGACCAAGGCGGGGAAGGCAAGCACAAGUAG